CUUUGUCUUGUUCUUCCAUGUAAUAAUGUCGAAGACGUUAAUAAACAAACUCAGUGCCUGAGCCUUGUCACCUUAUGCAUUCUGGCCGUUUCUUGGCCGAACAGAAAAAUAAGUAAAAUCAACCCAAAACUUUCCUUUAUUUUUCCUCUUUGCUCUGUUUUUGGUUUCUACAGUAAAGAAAUGGUUUCCACUGAUACCAUUGAUUAUCACUCAUUGUUUGAUCUUCCUUCCUUUCCUCUCAACGAUUCUUCAUUAGAUUAUAAUAAUCUUCAAGCCUUAUUGAACAAUAAACAAACCCCAGAAGAAAACCCAGUUGUUGAUCAUCAACCCACUUGCCAAAACCAAUUACUUGGAACCCAGUUCCAGUCUUGUUUGUCAUUUGGUCCGAAUUUGGAACAGGGGUAUGAAGAAAGUUUCAACAACUUGAAUGGCUUUGAACUUAAAAAUGAAGAAUGUCAAGAGGUAACAAAGUACUUGCGAAGAAACUUUUCAUUUCAACCUUGUUUUGAUCCUCUCGUGGCGUCAGAGAAUUUUCAAGGUCAAGCUUUGAGCAUGCCCCAAAACACCUGCAAUGGAGAUUUAGAGAAUAUGAACCAAAAGUCAUAUGAGGAAGCACAAACACCCUUUAAAGUAGGACGUUACAACCCAGAAGAGAGACAAGAAAGGAUUUCCAAGUACAGAGCAAAGCGCAAUCAAAGGAACUUCAACAAAACAAUUAAGUAUGCAUGCCGCAAAACACUAGCCGACAGCCGUCCUCGUAUACGUGGCAGAUUCGCACGCAACGAUGAAGCUAUUGAGAUUCCCAAAGCUGCAUGUUCAACCAGAGAUGAAGAGGAAGAUGAUUUAUGGGUAUUGCAUGAGGUUGAAGAUGAUGAAACACUAGCAAGAGGAGAUUUUAUGAACAGUUUCUGUCAAAAUCAAUUUCAAUACCACCAUGGCUACUUCUGAUAGUGUGGGAAAAAACCUUAGUUUUUUUAGCCUUCUAGUAUCUUUAGGAUAAUCGCCAUGGCUACCAUUUUAGAGUAAGAAAUAAUUGUAAUUUCUAAUUAGUGUGAAUAACUGCAGCCAUUAUAUUGAGU